AUGGAUGUUCCAGCGGAUUCACAUACAUUACUUCAUUUAAUACGUGAAGUCAAUGAACAAAUCACUCCUGAACAAUAUCCCAUUGUUGUUCAUUGCACAGCUGGGGUCGGUCGAACAGGCACUUAUAUUGCCAUUGAUGCCAUGAUCGAUAAAAUAAAACAAGAAGAAAAAGUUGAUAUUUAUAAUUUUGUAUCAAAAAUGCGUCGUGAACGUCAUUUGAUGGUGCAAACAGUAAAACAAUAUGUAUUUAUUUAUCGAUCUCUACUUGAAUAUUAUCUUUAUGGUAAUACAAGAAUUCAAGGCAAUAUAUUUCGAUCGACAUAUUUUAAUUUAAAAAACAACAAACAAAUGUUAUUAUUUUCUGAAUAUAAUAGACUACAAUUAUUACCAGUAGAAAAUGUUUUUCAUCGUGAUGCGCACUUAAUAACGAAUAUAAACAAAAAUCGACAUACUCAAAUCGUCCCAUAUGACCAUAAUCGUGUUCGUUUAAGUCGCAUACUUGGACAUCCAUACAUCAAUGCAUCAUUCAUUGAAGGAUAUUCACACGAAUCUUCAUUUAUUAUAACACAAGAUCCAUUAUUGGAAACUAUUGAUGAAUUUUGGCGAAUGUUUCUUGAACAUGACUCCAAUACUAUUGUACAAUUGCAUACAGUCGAAGAACCUUGUCCACCAUGCCCAAUCUAUUAUCCAAAUGAUGUUGAUACAUCAAUGAAAAUCAGUUCAACAAUUUUAUUAAAACUCAUAGAAAAACAAAUAAUAGACGAAAAAUAUAUUAUUCGACAAUUUUGUCUGACGGAUGCACGUGAAUGUGAAUCUAAAACAAUCUAUCAAUAUGAAUAUUUACUUCCUCUAUGUAAUAAUGAUGAAUAUGAAAAUGAACAAUGCACACCAACCGUAUUAGUACAGAAUUUAUUUGAUUUUAUGGGUUAUGUUAGUAAGCGAUCAAAUCAAAAUAAUCAAAAUCGUUAUAUAACUGUUCAUUGCGGAAAUGGUGGACCAUCAUGUUCAAUAUUUUGUACGAGUUUAAUAUUAUUGGAUCAACUUAAAAAUGAACAUAGUAUCGAUAUAUUUCAACGUGUACGUGCACUACAACGACAACGACCUGCUAUGAUAAACUCAUUUGCACAAUAUGAAUAUCUCUACAAAAUAAUUCUCAAGUUCCUAGACGACUCAUUCACGCUAACACAUGUUCAAUCUUCUCAAUCACUAAACAACAGUAUCUAUGAUAAUAAUCAAGAAAAUGUUAAUCUCUAA